AAAGUAUUAGCCAUUCAUGAAGCUACAAGCCAUGAGUGACAUACAACAGAUUCCACUGGUUGCAGAGCAGGCUGCCAUUCUGGGAAAAUGUCAAAGUACCUUUUGCCAAGCUGUUCAGGCAAAAUUUAAUUGCAUGGCUAUUCUCCAUAAUAUGGAAGAGGCUGGCUCCUUUGGUAGCACAGGUCAUGCCUUAUGUGGUGAGAAGAGGUACUCCACAAAGCUGUCCGGCGAAGUGGAAAUAUCAGUCUGGAAAGAUGAUCUUACCCGUCAUAAAGUGGUUGCUGUGGUCAAUGCAGCCAAUGAGAAGCUAAAGCAUGGAGGAGGUCUUGCACAAGCCCUGAGUGAUGCUGGGGGACCAACGAUUCAGAAAUACAGUGAGGAUAUUAUUAAGCAAGUAGGAAAAGUGAAAACCGGUCAGGCAGUGUUCACUCCUGCUGGAAAUCUCCCUUGUGAAUGUAUCAUACAUGCUGUAGGUCCCCACGUGCCUCCAAAUCCAUCCCAGAAGGAGCUUGAUCAAGCUGCACCCUUGUUACAUAAUGCUAUUAUUAGUAUCCUACAAAUAGUUGUAAAUGAAAACAUUCCCUCUGUUGCAAUUCCUGCUCUGAGUUCUGGCCUUUUCAAUUUUCCAAGAGAUCUCUGUGCAGAAAUUAUUGUAAAGGCUAUAAAGCAGUUCCAUGAUUAUAAAGGGUUUUAUGGCAAGAAUGUGGAAAUCCAUCUGGUCAAUAAUGAUGAACCCUCAGUCCAAGAAAUGGAGAGAGCCACUAGAGCGAAUUUAGAUCCGGCCAACAUCAUUGGCUCAUACAGUGGGGCCGUGCAAGGCCAUAGCAUGCCAUCCUCUUCAAGGAACAGUUUGCAGUGUGGCAAUGUAACACUGCACCUUAAAAGGGGCUUUAUUGAGGAGGAAGAGGUUGAUGUAAUUGUCAAUACAAUUUCGAAAGACCGUGUUUUGUCCCAUGGAGAGAUUUCAAAAGCUAUUUGGAUGAAAGCUGGCAGAAAGAUUCAAGAUGAGAUUAACAAAAUAAAAAACUCCACAAGGUUCUCAGGUGGUGAUCUCUAUAUGACAAGUGGAAAUUAUCUGAAAUGUACAGCAGUAUAUCAUACUGCAUUGACAGAUAUGUCCCAUAAGUCUCUUCAAAAUGGCGUCUCAGAAUGUCUGAGGAGAGCAGCUGCUCGGGGAUACAAGUCCAUCUCCUUCCCAGCAAUUGGUACUGGUAAUCUGGGCUUUCAGAAGCGAGAUGUUGCUGGAAUCAUGACAGAGGCUGUGGCAGAAUUGGGCAAACAGAGCAUCAAUAAACUGGAUGUAUACUUUGUUGUGUUUCCAAAGGACAAUGAAAUGUUGGAGGCUUUUGAUAACGAGAUGAAAAGGAGGAAAGGACAGGCAAAGUCCUCAGAAGCACGCAUUGAUGUGACAAGCUUUGCUUCUGCAUCCAAAGAAACCACAGCAAUUGAAACACCCACUGUUGAGUUCCAAAGUUCCUGCGGAGAAGCCCUGAGAGAAGCAAAAGAGUGGACAAUUAAUAUGCUAAAGCCAUCAAAAAACAAAACAAUAAAGAAUAACCAUGUCAUAUAUCUUGGACAAAGAGACCAUGAACACCUGCUCUCUCUCCAAACAAUGUUUGAUGUUCACAUUGAAGAGUUCUUCAGGAGUGGUAAUGGCGGCAUAACCAUCAUUGGAAGUCCUUCAAAUGUCAGCUGUGUGGCAAUUGAGGUGGAGUUCAUGCUUUGUAAAGCCCAGGAGGACUUCGCCCGAGCUGAAGAACAAGACAUUUUGUAUUCUGUGGUUCGCUGGAGCUGUAAAGAUGAACCUUGGAUACAAACACCUGAAAUCAGUGCAGUUUUGGAGAAAGCUUAUCUGGCAGGGAUUGAAAACCGUGCGUUCAAUAACCACAAAUUCAACUUGAAGGCCAUGAUUUUGGUUGACAACAGUGGAAGAAUAAGCUCCAUGAAGCGGACAUGCCUGUUGGCUCCUUUCAAAGGUUCAUUUUAUGCAAGAACUCCUGUGAGCAGAGAGUAUUUUGAAAAAGAAGGAAGGAGAGCCUUGGAGGAUUUUGGGCGCCGAAUCAUCAAGGUGGAGAAGCUAGAGAACAUCGUGCUGAAGCAGCUGUUCGACAGGAAUGAGCAGAGAGUGAAAGACAAACCCAAGUGCCUCUACCAGCGUGUGCCAGCUCAGUUCUGUGAUCUCAUCUGCAGAGUUGGCUUUCAGAAAGAGUUCGCCCCUCCUGCAGAGCAAAGGUAUGGCAGUGGAAUAUACUUCAGCAGUACAGUGGACGGAGCCCUGAGGCUGUGGAAGGAACAGGAACAUGAGCAGUACAUCUACAUCAUUCAGGCCCAGGUCCUCACUGGGAGAUGCACGAUUGGUUCUCCAGAUUUAAUUUUGCCCCCUGCCAUGAAGGGAGACCCUUUGGAUCGUUAUGAUAGCGUGUCUGACAGGGCACAGACUUGUGUCAUCUUCAGCGGUCAACAAGCUCUUCCUGAAUACCUGAUCAUAUGUGACAAAUCCACCGCUGUGUAGCUGCUCACAGCAAUAUGCAAUUACAAUG